AUGUUGAUAGAUAACACUAUAAAAACACCACCUAAACAUCUAACAUCAACACCAGAAUAUCCAACAACAACAACUACAAAAAAGCUGAACUUAUCUCGUGCUCGACUUCGUACUAGAUCAACUUCAACAGCACAAUCCAACAGUGAAGACGAAGAUGAACCAUCUUUUGCUGAAGAGGAAUCUGUAUCACAUGAUAUUUCAUUCAAAAAUGUUAAUAUUAUUGUUAGCAUCGGUAUGAUACUAGAUUUAGUUAAUAAAUUUCGUUGUCCUUCGUGUGGUCGUGUUGGGAAAAUGUCUGAGAAAGUUACUCAACGUCGUGGUCUCUUAUACCAUAUCACGUUUUCAUGCGCUUGUUCAUUUCAAACGCAUUUUACAAAUUCAAAACAUCUAAUUCAUUCAUCUACUUUACGUAUGGAUGAACUCAAUAUGUUAGCAUGUGUAGCAGCUAAUGUUGCGGGAAUCAAACGAACAGGUAUGACUUCAAUUUUAGGUAUAUUGAAUAUUUUACCACCAGUUCAAAUUGAAAACUGGAACAACUAUCAGGAAAUAUAUUCAAAUGCUUUGGAUGUUGUGAAAGAUAGAAGUCUUGAAAGUGCAGCUGAUGAAGCAGCAGAACAAUCAUCUGAACCUUCUGAUCGUAAAGGAGUUACAAAUAUAAAAGUUUCAGUUGAUGGAACAUGGCUAACUCGUCGUGGACAUUCUAGUUUACAUGGUGUAGCAACUGUUUGCUCAACAUCAGAUCCUCCAAAAGUAUUAGACUUUGAAUGUCUAAGUCGUCACUGUACCACGUGUUCUGGCUUAUUAGGAAUUAAAGAGCACAGUCCUAAAAUGUAUAAACGACUUUUAGCAAAACAUAUAGAGGAUGGUUGUGAAGCAAAUCAUUCAGGUUCAUCAGGUGGAAUGGAGGCUGCAGGGAUUGUGGAAGUGUUUGGUCGAUCAGAAUCCAAACAUCAUCUACGAUACACAACAUACAUCGGCGACGGUGAUGCUAAUAAUGAACGUGCACUUCGUGAUGCUGAACCAUAUCAAGAUAUUACUAUUCAACGUCUUCAAUGUAUUAAUCAUUUUUCGAAACGAAUGCGCACUGCUCUAGAAACACUGAAGAAACAAUAUAAAGGUAAAAAAUUAGCAGACAAGAAGCCAAUUGGAGGUCGAAAUGGACGUCUAACUGAUGAUAAAAUUCAUCAAUUAACUGUUUACUACGGUUCUGCUAUUAGGUCUCACGUGAACGAUUUGGAAUCAAUGAAAGUUGCUUGUUGGGGUAUGCUUUGUUCAUAUU